GACAGGCCAUUUGGACAACGUUAAGGCGCAAGUGGGGAAAGGAACGCGCCUCGGAGGUUUGGGGUCCCCCUUCCCUUAGCUGGGCUUCCCUGCAGCCCGGCUGCAGCCUCCAAAGACUAAGAUCGGCUGGGCCGCAGGAGGCCCGGAAAGCCUCCGAGCAGCCAUUGAGACAGAGGCACCGGGUCUCCAGGGCCCUGGCGCGUACUCCGGGACACCGCGGGGCGGAGAAGGGGCGUCCCCACUCUCCAGCCCAGGAGAGGGCUCAAAACCAGAAAAUGAGAUACAAGACCUCAUUGGUGAUGAGGAAACGACUACGGCUUUACCGAAACACACUGAAAGAGUCCAGUAGCCUCUCCGGACACCAUGGCCCCCAGCUCGCCACAGCCUCCAACCCCUCGGUGUACCCAGGCCUUCAGGCGCAGCCUCACCAGGCCUCCCACAGCCGUCCUCUGAACGGACUGCUGCGUCUGGGGCUCCCCGGAGACAUGUACUCGCGGCCCGAGCCCUUCGCGCCGGGGUCCACGGCCCGCAGCGAUGCCCUGGGAGCUGCUGCAGCCCUGCACGGCUACGGCGGCGUGAACCUGACCGUGAACCUCGCCGCUCCCCACGGCCCUGGCGCCUUCUUCCGCUACAUGCGCCAGCCCAUCAAACAGGAGCUCAUCUGCAAGUGGCUGGCCGCCGACGGCCCUGUGUCCCCGCGCCUCUGCUCCAAAACUUUCAGCACCAUGCACGAGCUGGUCACGCACGUCACCGUGGAGCACGUCGGCGGCCCGGAGCAGGCCAACCACAUCUGCUUCUGGGAGGAGUGUCCACGACAGGGCAAGCCCUUCAAGGCCAAAUACAAACUUGUAAAUCACAUCCGCGUGCACACGGGCGAGAAGCCCUUCCCUUGUCCUUUUCCGGGGUGUGGGAAGGUCUUUGCUAGAUCAGAAAAUCUCAAAAUACACAAACGAACUCACACAGGCGAGAAGCCCUUCAGGUGUGAGUUCGAGGGCUGCGAGCGGCGCUUCGCCAACAGCAGCGACCGCAAGAAGCAUUCGCACGUGCACACGAGCGACAAGCCAUACACGUGCAAGGUGCGCGGCUGCGACAAGUGCUACACGCACCCCAGCUCCCUGCGUAAGCACAUGAAGGUGCACGGUCGCUCGCCGCCGCCCAGCUCUGGCUAUGACUCGGCUACACCCUCUGCCCUCUUGUCCCCCUCGUCCGACUGCGGCCACGAGCCCCCGAUGGCCUCCUCAGGGGCGGUGGUGGUGCGUGGCACGGACCUGAGCGAAUGAUGUCCACCGCGUCGUUCGCAAGGUAAUCUAGCCCUGUGCAGCUGAGCUCCCGCAUCUCGUGCCUACGACAUCAAAGGGCCCGCACACAAAGCAGUGUUUCUUCGCCACGGUGCAUCUUCAUGGUAAGUUAGGAUUUCUAUGGCAAUGGGCAAGUCGCACUGAAAUCCUGAAAGGCCGAGCCUGGAGCCCGUCCAGGCUUUUCAUUAAGGACAUAAUAUUUACGUCUAACAGGCCUUUUUUCUUGUGUAUACAAGUAUAUAUUUUUGUUUGACGCGGACUAAAUCAUUUUCAUUUAAUUUCCGGUAAACAAAACCCACGCGAAUGGGCACUUGUUCCCGAUCAUAAUAAAAAUGGAUAAUAAUGUGGAAGAAGAAAAGGGCCGCUUGAAUCGCUGCACAGCCCUCUUUGUUUCUGCUUUCUGCGGUGAUCAGAGGGCGCGUUUGGGUUUGAUGGCGAGUUUCUAAAGGCGAGGAAAUGGUUUGUAAGAGGGGAAAGAAAAGGAGAAAGGUCUAAUCAAGCUCGGGUUGUUCAAAGAGUCGGGUUUUGGGGUUGAAAGUGUGAGUUUGACGGUGCAUCAGCAUGCCGCGUUAGGCUCGCCAUGGAAAUGCGCGCGGGGAGCGGUCCCUUCAAAGGCGGCACACUUCACUGCAGACACUCUAUUAAGAUACAUUUGCGCUGACCUUUGCUUUCACGCCAUUUAAUACUGUCACUGUGCUCUUCAGUAUAUACUUCCUCUCUAGGACCUGCCUCGCCCGCGUUUAGGGGUUCACCCUGCACCCUGUUGCAGGGGACUUUGUCGCCUGGGACGCUUUCAGGAAAAAAGAGGAGCUGGACUCUGUGCAUCUUGACUGCUCCAAAAAGAGGCUCCAGGGUCAGGAGUAAAUGACUUCAGGGCACCAUCCGAAGCUUAGCCAGUGUACCACAGCCCGAGCUCACUUUUGUGCAAAAUGUCCCUCAGAAUCUUGAGCAGGAUGUAGGUUUGAAUUUGAUUGUGGGGAAGAGGGCCAUCCUGAGCAAGUUUGAAGGAGUUUAGAGGAUGCCCUAGGGACAUUUCCACUCUGGCCCUCAGCUCUGUCCUUCUGCCACUCCAUCCUAGAAGUUUCUUGCAGGCCCCUAAACACGUUUCUCCCCAGGUUAGUGGUGUCGUAUCCUUAGGCCUUGGCUGGUCCUGGGCAUAAACUCAAAAGCCCAAGGCCAAGGGGAUGGGGAAGAUGGCAGGAAAGUUAGAAGUCCAUGUUCUCUUAAUUGUCUUGUUGUUUAUUUUAUCCAAGUACCCCAGUGAAUAGGGGAAAAAUAAACACAGUGGAAAAAAAAUCAAACAGUGGAGUCUUCUUUAGUGCCAGUCCUUGUGGUUGAAUAAAAAGGAUGGUUCGCUUUCUAUUGAGCUGAGAAAUCUUUGAAGUGGGAGUUAUUAUCUGAGACAUUCCUUCCUGUUGUCCUAACAACGCUGAUGAAACGUAAAAGGUUCUUUGUCAGCGAUUUGUUCUCCUCUCUGUCAAACUCCCUCUGCCCCGUUAGUUUCAAACCGUUUCUAAAGAGAUAAAAUCAAACUUCUUUUUAAAAAAUAUCUACACACCCUACACCAAUAGACAACUUCAGGGAUAAGUCUUGCUAAGGGAAAAACAAAAGCACUGCCUAACCCUCAGGGUCAGGACCUGGUGAAGUGUGCAGAUGUUGGGGGGGUGUGCGGCACUUUGCACCAGUUGUGAUACUUGGGGAAAAGAAUGCAGAGAGAGUGCAGGCAGAGGGUAUGUUCCCCAAGCCCACACUUGUGUGCCUCCUGCUUACUGCUCUGACCUGCACUCCCUCAGCCCAGAUUGGGUCGCCUGGAUGAACUUCCUUUGGAGACACCUCAGGCUCUGAAUAUUCUUGCUUGGGAUUCUAGGAAGCUAAGGUUUUAAUCAAACAAUUUUUACCAUCUCUUGUUCCUUCAAAGGCACCUCUGCUAAAAAUAGGUCCACUGUGGUUUCUUCCCACUAGCUGCACUUAGCAAAUUGCUUCUGCCUUGAACCAAAAGGACAGUGGCUUGAGGGAGAGAGAGAUUUUAACAAUUUUUGGCUUUCUCCACAAUCUUGACAACUGGAGCUCUCAGAAGGUUUGUGCUACAGGGUAGUGACCAAAAAGUGCAUGCCAACAACCAUUCUCCCUUUGUCAACCCGUGCAGUUCUACACUUUCUGUUGUGCCCUGAAAGAAACUUUCACCCUUUGCAGAUUUUCCCAACCUCCUGUUGUAGAUUUAAAGGUGGUUUAAAUAAACACCCCACCCUAUGUGUGCUGACUAAAUGAUUUGUAAAGAACUUUCCCCAAGCUGUAACCCAUGCUGUUAUUAUAGUUGCUGCAAAAUGUUGUCUUUUAUAUUGAUUUUAUUUGUUUACUGGAGGUCUCCAUAUGUUUGUUUAUAUCGCUAAUUUAUGAGAAAAUGUAAUGAUUGCAAUGAAUGUGAGUUAUACAGACAGGCAAACAUUUUGUAAUCGUAAUUCACACACAUAUGCAAAAGACUAAGUGAAACCUUAGACUGUUUGGUACCUUCUCUACCCACACUGUUCGUGAUUUAUCAUCUGUCCCCUUAGUAACAGUUAAAUUAUGAACUAACUGGAAAGAAAAAAUGUUGUUAUGUAUUUGACUGAAAGUGAUUGUUGAAGGAAAAAGGUGAAAGUCUAGGCUUCAUCUUCUUGGAAUAUGUAAAUGUAAAUGAAAUAAAAACCUGUGACUCUUUUUCCCUCCAAAGGACUUUGUGUACAUGGACCUGCAUUUCGCUGUUUUAUUUGGAAAUAAAUGAUGUGUUUGCUUUCUCUUUUGAA